AUGGCGCCAACAAAAUCUUACGUCUUUGCCAUUCAACGCUGCGACUACGAUCAUCACACCGAUCGGAAAGGCCGAGAUAAACUGAUCGAGAUUCACGCGUCUCUGGAGUCUGCGAAUACCGCCGCUAAAGCACACUUGCAGAAAGAAGCCCGCAAAGCAAUCUCUGGUGCUGGCGAGACUAAUGAAUCGGAAACGAAGGAUGGCGGAUACGAGGGCGUCUGCUACACCUCGGAGGACAGACGGAAUCACUUCGCCGUAACGGUGAAAAAGCUGGAGCUGAAAGGCGGCGCGGAUGGUGGUGCUGCGCAGAGUAGUUCUGCAUCGGGUGCAAAGCGAUCAGCGGCAAAGGCAACGGCUUCUGACGCCAGACCUGCGGCAAGGAGCGACUCUCUCAAGAACAAGAAGUUGCUCUUCACCGGUACAUUCGACUCCAUGGUAACUAUGCUACAAGUAUCAUGUUUGACGUGCUCCUUUCGCUAA